GAGGGGCUGGGUUGGGAGGAGGAGGAGGAGGAGGAGAAGGAGGAGGAGGAGGAGGAGGAGGAGGAGGGGGAGUCGGUGUGUGGUGCACGCCGCGCUCCCAGCACAAAAGCCCAGGGAAAGAAACUCUUGGAAAGCUCGGAGCAAACGCCGGGGCCGGGCAGGAGCAGGUCGAGGCGGCCGGGCGCUGCGAGCGGGGCUGCUCCUCUCCACUGGAUACAUUUUGCAACUGCGAAGGAAUUAAAUCCGAUUUUUCGGGAUUUUUUUUUCUCUUCUUUUUUCUCUUUUUUUUUUUAAGAGGGCAGAGCCUCGCUUCCCUCCUCCUUUCGCUCUCUCUCUCUUUUUUUUUUUUAUUAUUAUUAUUUUAUUUUUUUCCCCUUGGGGAUAGAGGGGCGCACGAGGAAAAAAAAAAUAAAGGAAAAGGAAUUAUGAUCGCUUCGUGGCUGACUUUCGCCUUGCUUUGUGGAACUUUCUGUGCAGGACCAGGCCACGGGGAGGCGGAGACGAGGGAAUGCAUUUACUACAACGCCAACUGGGAGCUGGAGAAGACCAACCAGAGUGGCGUGGAGCGCUGCGAGGGGGAGAAGGACAAGCGGCUCCACUGCUACGCCUCCUGGAGAAACAACUCGGGCUCUAUUGAGCUGGUGAAGAAAGGCUGCUGGUUAGACGACUUCAACUGUUACGACAGGCAGGAGUGUGUAGCCACAGAAGAAAACCCUCAAGUCUUUUUCUGCUGCUGCGAGGGCAACUAUUGCAAUGAGAAGUUCACCCACUUGCCUGAAGUAACCGGCCCAGAAGUCAUAUACGAGCCGCCGCCACCAACGCCCUCUCUGCUCAACAUCCUGGUGUACUCUCUGCUCCCCAUUGCUGUCCUGUCAAUGGCCAUCCUCUUGGCCUUCUGGAUGUAUCGGCACCGCAAGCCCCCCUACGGGCACGUCGACAUCAAUGAGGACCCCGGCCCACCACCUCCUUCUCCCCUGGUUGGCCUAAAGCCUCUGCAGCUCUUGGAGAUCAAGGCAAGGGGACGCUUCGGCUGCGUGUGGAAGGCUCAGCUGAUGAACGACUACGUGGCAGUGAAAAUCUUCCCUAUUCAGGAUAAGCAAUCUUGGCAGAGCGAGAGGGAGAUUUUCAAUACUCCUGGCAUGAAGCAUGAAAACCUUUUGCAAUUUAUCGCAGCAGAGAAAAGAGGGACAAACCUGGAGACAGAGCUCUGGCUGAUCACAGCUUUCCACGACAAGGGGUCUCUUACGGAUUACCUGAAGGGCAACAUCAUCAGUUGGAAUGAGCUCUGCCAUGUUGCAGAAACCAUGGCCCGUGGCUUGUCCUACCUACAUGAAGAUGUCCCUUGGUGCAAGGGUGAAGGGCACAAACCUGCUAUAGCACACAGGGACUUCAAGAGUAAAAACGUCUUGCUGAAGAACGACUUGACGGCAGUGCUGGCCGAUUUUGGUCUAGCUGUACGGUUUGAACCUGGAAAACCUCCAGGGGACACUCAUGGACAGGUGGGAACAAGGAGGUAUAUGGCUCCUGAAGUGUUAGAGGGAGCAAUCAACUUCCAACGAGACGCCUUCCUGAGAAUAGACAUGUAUGCAAUGGGACUGGUAUUGUGGGAAUUAGUCUCCAGAUGUAGAGCAGUUGAUGGUCCGGUGGAUGAAUACAUGCUGCCUUUCGAAGAAGAAAUAGGUCAGCACCCAUCCCUUGAGGACCUGCAAGAAGUGGUGGUUCACAAGAAGAUGCGCCCCGUGUUCAAGGAUCAUUGGCUGAAACACCCUGGCUUGGCGCAGCUCUGCGUGACCAUCGAAGAGUGCUGGGACCACGAUGCGGAGGCUCGGCUCUCGGCGGGCUGUGUCGAGGAGCGCAUCGCUCAGAUCCGCAAAUCCGUAAAUGGCACUACCUCGGACUGCCUCGUCUCCAUCGUGACGUCCGUCACCAACGUGGACUUGCCGCCCAAAGAGUCUAGUAUCUAAGUCCUGGUUCACAUUUGUCUUUCCAGACUCAGUGGAUUUG